UCUCACAACACACGUAACCCCUCCAUCCUUUUCCUCUUCUUCUCGCUGCAAUUUCAUCAUUACUUCCAAACGUAGUUAAUAUCUUUCUCACAUUGACAUCGAGACCUUUUUUCAGGGUUUCCUUUUAGAUCUGCACCCCAAUUCAGUAAGCUUUGUUGUUCCAAAAAUUCAAUACAAAUUUUUUCUAUUCGAUUUGGUCUUCAAUCUAGUUAAUUAGGGCAAUCAAAAGAGAUUAUCACUAAUGGAUGUAAAGCUAUGGAAUGACAAGAGAGAACGAGAGAUGUAUGAUAAUUUUGCUGAUCUAUAUGCAAUUAUUAAAGCAACAGAAAAGCUUGAAAAAGCUUAUGUACGUGAUUUAAUCACAUCAUCGGUGUAUGAACCUGAGUGUUUAAAGUUGAUUGCUCAAUUCAAAACCCUAACUUCAUCUCUUGUUGGAGCACUUCCUAGUAUUGAGCGUUUUGCUGAAAUCUAUAAAAUGGAUUGUCCUGCUGCUCUUAAUCGUUUAGUUUCUUCUGGGAUUCCUGCCACAUAUGAGCAUCGAGCUUCUGCUGCUGCAUCUACUACUGGUUCAGCUGCAAUUGUAGCGGAAUGUGUGCAACAUUUCAUUACAGCUAUGGAUACUUUAAAACUCAACAUGGUUGCUGUUGAUCAGCUACAUCCAAUACUAUAUGACCUAUCAGGGUCUCUAAACAAGCUCGGUAUACUGCCACCUGAUUUUGAGGGGAAAGUGAAAAUGAAGGAGUGGAUUUCAAGAUUGGCAAACAUGGGUGCUUCUGACGAACUGACUGAACAGCAAUCUAGACAACUUCAUUUUGACCUUGAAUCAUCCUACAACUUAUUCAUGGCUGCUCUACCCAAUUCUGGCGCCUGAUUCAUUACUUGAGAAACUCUUUAUGGUCUGAGCAAAUAAUCCGGGCAGGAAAAGGAAAAGGUUUAUGAAAAAGAAGAAGAAAUGGAAAGAGGGAAAAGGAAUCUCAUUUUGACCUUAUGUUCUUUUAGAGGUGAAGAUUGGUGAUAAAUGUCAUUUUGAGCUUAAGUUCCAUUAGAAGUAGACAGUUCAAUCAAAGCAUUUUAAUGCGGUGUGAAUAGGAUCUAUCCAUGUUGAUGUAGACUGUGAUCUUGAUCAAACCCUGUUGGUGUACAUGUGAGAUGGAACAUAAUAUUUGUUCAAAGCAUGGGUCUAAUAGAUAUUAGAAUUGGUAUGAGAAGAACGAAGAUGAGGAUCACAACAAGAAGAAUAGAUAGCACUUUCUUGAGCUCUUUUGAUACUCUCGUGCUCCCUUGAAGUUGUUCAGUCCCUCUUCUAACAAAUGAACUAGUACGUGUAACAACACUAUGUUGUUGAGUUUUUGCCAUUGAGUUUCUACCUAUGAAGCCCUGUCUAGGAACACUUGAUGUAGCUCAGUCAGAUUCUUCUCAAUUUCCUUUAUAGCAUCAUGUCCCUUGAAUUUAUGAAAUAUAUAUCCGACCUCUCCCUUGGUCUUA